UGCGCAAUAUCCGCAAGCGGUGCAGUUUGGGAUUCUGCUGUACAACACAGAGCUGGCGUAACUGGCUAGCUAGCUGAUCACUUGAAAUGGAUGUGUUCUUAAUGAUCCGGCGUCACAAGACCACAAUCUUCACAGAUGCCAAGGAGUCUACCACUGUCUACGAGUUGAAGCGAAUUGUUGAAGGAAUUCUUAAAAGACCACCUGAAGACCAGCGGCUCUUCAAAGAUGACCAGUUGCUAGAGGACAGCAAAACUCUGGGCGACUGUGGAUUCACCAACCAGACUGCCAGACCUCAAGCCCCAGCUACAGUUGGUCUAGCCUUCCGCAUAAAUGAUGAAAUGUUUGAGCAGCUGCACAUCGAGGCCUUCUCCAGCCCCCCGGAACUACCCGAUGUGAUGAAGCCUCAGGACUCUGGUAGCACUGCCAAUGAACAGGCGGUGCAGUGAUAGCAGGGAGGGAAGUUGGUGUGUGUGGAUUAACCGCAGUGGAGAAGUAGUGGGGUGGAUGAUAUGUAAUGUAAUUUCUUUUGAUGGAUGGGGACAUUAUAGGAAACCCAACCUAUCCAUGUUUCCUUCAUGCUAUCACCCCAGCAUCCCUUCAGUUUACUUCACAGAUUAUUAUUAUUAUUAUUUUUUACUUUUAAUGAUUUCCACAUCACAUGCAGUUCUGCUCCUCGAUUUUUCUUGCUCGAUACCAACUGGCUCAAAUGUUUUGAGUGAAGAAGUUGGUUUGGAAGUAUGAAUGUGUUUAUGUAUGUGUGAGUUGUUGUAAUUAUUAUCAUUAAUAUUUUGGAAAGGUGAAGGUAUACUUGUGUGUCACAGUGUUUCAGAAGCAUCAUACAUAGGUGAGGAGUUCAGUGUGUGAAUUGGAAAACCGCAUGAACAAAUUCAAAACAAAGGCUUUGUGUUCACAAAAACAAAUGAACCUUCAACUGAUAAGUUUCCUUGCCCAGAUUUUUUUUUCCCAAUUGAACAUUUCGAAUUUCAUAUCAGGGAAGAGUUUCUUUAUAAUGAUUGCUACUUUAUUUUUUGUUGUCAUUUUGUUUUUUCAGUACGAUUUACUUGUCACUUGUUGGUUGUAUGGUUUGUGCCCUGAGACCAAGGGCUCUUGGACAACAGUCUAAGGACAUUCUGUCUGUGAUGCAGUAAACAGAAGAGGAGCAUU